CAAUACUAUCAAUAUUAAAAUAAAAUGUACAUCUAUCGGACAAGAAAUAAUGAUCAAACUAUAAAAACGAUAAAAACUAAACAAUAAAAACCGACUAGUAUUGUUGGCCGUUGCCGCCAAAUUGUUUGCGAUAAUAAUUUAUUAACUACCGAUAACAGUCAACUAUUCAAGGCAAGAACGUACGGGCAUACUGUUACGAUCAAAAGUUGUCGGAUGAAAAAUAUUUGUAGACCGUGAAUGGGAAUGCGUAAUAAUUACCAUUUAGUAAUUUCAAACACAAGUGACUCGGAGGCCGUCGAAUAACAUCGAAACGUGCGACGAAAUCGUCGGGCGGUGGCCGCCGAUCGGUCCGGUGGUCGUUCGCGUCGCGGACGAUGACGCGCCGGCACGACUGGUUCACCGGGCAGGACCAUCGUCGUUGUUGGGCGGCCUGUGCGCGUGCCGAUAGCGAGCGACGACCCGGCGACGGGCAACACGACCGGCUGCAGCAACAGCUGAGGGGACAGCGACCGCGGCAACACCGGCGGUGAACGAUUGGGGGGCCACCGUGCGAUGGCGACGCCCCCCGACAGCCCGAUCAUCGAAGAGGCGACGCUAAUCGAGCUCGAGGAACAGCUGAACAACACGUCUGCGUUUCCACACCCCAGACCCGUCGCCCUAGAGGACCUGUGCCGGCAGACCAAGUUCACCAGACAAGAGAUCCGCAUCAUGUACAGGGGCUUCAAACAGAAAUGUCCAGAAGGAGUCGUUCACGAAGAUUUGUUUAAAGAUAUCUACUCCAAGUUUUUUCCACACGGAAAUUCAAAUUUAUAUGCUCAUUUUGUGUUCAAAGCAUUUGACGUCAAGAGCAAUGGCGCAAUUAGUUUUAAAGACAUGCUGAUGACUCUAUCUACUCUGCUUCGCGGGUCUAUUUAUGAGAAACUCAGAUGGACAUUUAAGCUGUAUGAUUUAAAUGGCGACGGAUGUAUAACAAGGUCGGAGCUAAGUCAAAUCGUGUUAGCUAUCCACGAGCUGAUGGGCAAAAGACCACAAGGUCGUGGUAGUACUAAAUCUAAAGAUCACACUGACAUGGUAUUUCAAAAACUUGACAUCAAUCAAGAUGGCGUAAUUACGUUUGAAGAAUUCAUAGAAUCAUGUUUAAAGGACGAGGCGAUCACGAAAUCGUUACAAGUUUUCGACUCCAGAUCCCUAUGAUUGUCGCUAUCCUCCACCGACUCUGUGGAAGUAUCACUUCUGUCGUUCGAUCAGUCUGCUGGUCAGUCGGAGGAGGAGCAAUGCAGCCAACUACAGCAAGCAGACAACGAGUCUUCCCAAAACAAUAUUUUCUUUGAUUUCUAAUGUACAUAAUAAUAUAUUAUACAGGCCGUUUUGAUCGAUAAUCGGAAACGUUCUUUCCAAAUGUAUUUUCCCGUUAAUUACUAUACGGAUAUGUAAUUUUCGGUUAAUUUUUGUUCUAAUCAAUGUGGCUUUUAUCUGGCGCCAUUAUUGCUCGGUCCGUCCUAUAUAUUGUUACCGUGUUAAACGUAGGUACAUUAUUAUACUACAUAUUAAACAUUUAUGUAUCGAUCUUUGUAGAUUUAUUAUAAUAAUUGUUUACUGUUGGUGACUAUCAUUAACUUGUGGUCUGUUUUUGAUAUCUCCAAGUGAGUAAUUAAAAAAUAUUGAGAAUUAUAAUUGGCGAAGAUAAAAUAUUAUUGUUGAUAAAAAACAAAAAAAAAAUGUAAUAGUUAUACAUAUUUAAAAAUGACGUUGGUAGCAUUAAAUUAUCGUGUGGAAUUAUUAUUGAGUGAUUACUAAUUAUAUAUAUGUAAUAUAACCUAAUAUGCCUUAUGGUUAUGUCUGUACAAUGUUUUUUAAAAUGUUUAUUACACACAUUUACAUAUUGUUCACAUGUUAUAAAUAUUACGUCCAAGGGAUGAUCAGAAAUUUGUGAAUAAAAAAUAAUUGAGAUUUCAUGAGAUUCGUAUAAAAACCUACAUAUAUUUUUGGAAAUAACGUUCUCAUCAGGCUGUUUAGACAUCAUUUAUAUAUAUAAACAUGUGCGUUGUGUUUAUGUGUGUAUAUUUCUGCGUGAGUGUGUAACUUAGUUCAUGGUUUUUGUUCCUGAAGCGAUAUUAUUUAAAUUUUAAAUUCUUGUUCAUUAUGUAUACAUAGAAAACUGACUUGUAUAAUAAUCAAGCAAAUAUUUCUGUACCUAUUAAGCUUGUAAAUAUUCUGUUCUUACUUUUUAUGGCCAAGUAUUCGCACCUCAAUAUAUUUUAGUUUAAACUUUAAAGUUAAUGUUGUUAACAUAAAUUCUAUAUUAUGUAAGUAGGUGAUGAUAAUUACAGUUUUUAUAUUACUAUAUAAUUGUAAGUCAAUUAGACUUUUUUUUCGAAUUUCUUAUUUAUUGGAUAUUUAAUUAAUCCAAUGUAAUAAGCACAUAUAUAAAUUAUAGUUUAUCUAGUUAACUUUGUAAAUGUAUAUUAUAUUUAUAUGUCAAAUCUAUGCUUAUAGUAAUACUAUAAUAGAUUUGGCUUACAUAAAAUAGCAUAAUAUUGCACGUUGUUAAUGAGCAAAAAUAUUUUGUUAGCGUAAAUUGAGUAAACACGUGGUAUAAAAAUAUUAAUUAAAUUUUCAUUUUUUUUUAUUCAUACCUCAUUAUUGUUGCAAAAUAAAUUACAAGUAUAAUAUUUUGGAAUGUCAUAAUUUUAGUUAUUAUUUUUUUUUUAAAAAUAUUUUAUGUUUAUUUAUUUUUUUUAAUUCGAUGAUUUAAGUUUUAUAAAAUAUUAAUUUGUUUUAUUAGAUUUUUGAUGAAAUAAAUAAUCAUAUUGGGUCUAUACGA